UCCGUUAUUUUCCCAACCGCAUUGUUUCGUCGACAAACUUUUAAUCAAACCAAUUUUUAUAUUUGUAUGUAAAUAAAAUGACUUGCGAAUAUUAUAAUAAUUUGCUGUUUUGUUAUUUUACAAUUGUUUACGGAUCGUUGACGGAACUAUGAUAAAUUUCUGUUCGUUAUUGGCUGUGACAUUUUGAUAUAUUAUAAAUUCGUUUAGGAAAAAACAUGUUUAUUUAAGUGAUACUGCAAACAUGACAGAGAAACAAAAGGAGAAAUACCCAUCGGUAUUUACAAUCGAUAAUUUUAGUUCCACGGCGACAUUAGCAACGAACGAAAUCAAAGUACCGAUUGGAAGUCAGGAUACGUUGAACGAAAAAGUGUAUGAUCCCUUCGAACAUCGACACGUGGAACAUCCUAACACAUUUGGUGGCGCCUUGGUGCAUUUAAUAAAAAGUUCGUUGGGAACAGGAAUUCUAGCGAUACCCAGAGCCUUCAAAAGUGCCGGCUUAGUGAUAGGAUUUAUCGGUACGAUACUGAUAGGAUUACUAUGCACCUACACGAUUCACUUGCUGGUGGCCGCGUCCCAAGAAAUGUGCAGAAGAACGAAAAAACCCAGUCUUGGAUUCGCAGAGACGGCCGAGGCGGUCGUCAAACACGGCCCGAAAAAAAUACAAGGAUGGUCGAAAUCAGCUAGGAACUUCGUCGAAAUUGCCCUUCUGCUCACUUACUACGUAGGAAAUGCCGUUUAUAUAGUCUUCAUAGCCACAUCGAUCAAACAGUUGAUCGAUUAUUUGGAACCUAGCAUUAGCGAUUGGUCCGAUCGGCUAUACAUGCUCAUAAUUAUGGUGCCGUUAGUUCUGUGCUGUCAAGUGAGACAACUGAAACAUCUGGUACCGUUUUCCUUCAUCGCCAAUACUGCUAUGGUGGUAGCUUUCGCCAUCACUCUCUAUUACACCUUCAAGGAGGUGAAAGACGUGGACCUAGACAAGGUUGAUAAGUUCAAGGACAUUAGUGGCAUCCCAUCCUUCUUCAGCACAGUAAUAUUUGCCAUGGAGGGUAUUGGAACUGUGAUGCCGGUGGAGAAUUCCAUGGUCAAAGACAAGUUUAUCGGUUGUCCCGGGGUUUUGAACUCCGCCAUGACGGUCGUUGUGGCCUUGUACUCAAUCAUUGGUUUGUUCGGAUACAUGGCUUACGGCGAAGCUACCGAAGCUACCAUCACUAAAAAUUUACCUAUUGAUGAAAUACCGGCCCAAGUGGCAAAAUUGUGCAUAUCUGUAGCAGUCUUCUUUACCUUCAUGCUGCAGUUCUACGUCCCCAUGGACAUAACGUGGAGGAAGAUCUCCCACAAAAUUAGGGAGGAACGUCAAAACAUUGGCCAAAUCGUCCUUAGAACAUUGGCCGUCUUUUGCAUAACAGGAAUUGCCAUUGCUGCAGGAGAGCAUCUUGGUCCCCUGAUCGACCUUGUAGGUGCCAUUUUCUUCUCAACUUUGGGACUUUUGGUGCCUGCAGUCAUCGAUACGAUCGUCCACUGGGAGGGUGACAAAGGUUUCGGUUACUGGAAAGUUUGGAAGAACGUUUUCAUCGGAAUCCUCGCCAUUUUCGGUCUUGUUACUGGAAGUUACUACGCCAUUUUGGCCAUGACAGAAGAGUAAUAGAUUUUUUUGUGUAGUAUUAAGGAGGAGCAGUCUGUCUGUUAUACAGGCUUUUCUGUGAUAUUUUUAAAUUUAAUGGUUACUAACAAAAGCAUUUAUAUUAGUUACAAGACAUGCUUUUGGAUAUUUACGGUGACCAUUAGAAAUUAGAAGUAUUUGUUAAAAUCAGGUUUUUGAAUUGCAAAUACAACAGAUCAAUUUAUUAACGUUAGAGAAUCUAUAGUAUUAAGCUCAAAACUUUAAUCAAGAUUUACAUAAUAUAAUAAGGAAAGUGUUUUGUCAAUUAACACAAAAAAAUGUAGUUUGUGAUAGUAUAAAUCAAAUGAAUUAACAAUAACAAUGAAGAAAAUUGUGCAUUCCACAUUUGUGAUAUUUUUGUACGUUCUAACAUUCCAUUAGUUUAAUAUUUAACGUUUUCACAUCUGAAUCUUCAAUUUUCUUUAAAUCGUUUUAUUUAUUAUUUUCGUCACGUCCUUCAUCCUAUUAUCUAAGAAACUUUAGUAUUAUGUUGUAUUAAUUAUUGUUAGGUUGUUCUUUUAAUUUUUUAUUUUUGUUUUCUUGAAUUGUAGAUAUUUAAUUGUGUACAUUGAAAUUUGAUGCAGGUGUAUCUGUGAUUUUACAAAUAGUUCUAAAAAACGUUUUACAAAGCUCAAAAAUAUAUACAAAUUUAAAUAAAGUGUUUUUUAACCCAU